AUGAAGCCGGCGGGCUUUCACCUCCUGUUGUACUUGUCCUUAUUGUUGCUACUGUUUCAAGCUGAAGCUAUAGAUGUGGGAAGACUAGUGCCAGCCAGACAAGUCAUUCAGGAAUAUCUGGAUGAGAGGAGCACUGAAAAUGUAAGUUAUCUUUGUUUUUUAUUUGAAACUUUUGAUUUGAACCAAAAUUUAUGACUUUGAUAAAGAAAACUUCAAACCUUUACAGUUAUUACGGCAUACUUUCAGACAAAGACAAGACAUUUUAGUUUAAAGUUAAAAAGAUAAUAUUAUUUUUAAUAAAGUAGCUCUUAAAUUUACAACCCUUAAUAUGAUCUUUGUAUGAUAACAAAUAGUUGCAAGUAUGAUAAUCAGAUUUUAAGUACAAAUUUUGUUUUAUAUUGUGUUUUAUGUGUUUAAACACAAAAAAAAUAACAAUGAAGUUUCACUAAUUUCAAAAAUUACAAUAUAAGAUAAUAGUACUAGAUUGCCCAUACUGUAUCGUAGCUCUGUUUGCUAUAAUUAUCACAAUUUUGUGUUUCUGGAGGGUAGAGAACUUACAGCACACUAAAUUUUAAAAAUUUGAGGGUGUUAUGGAAGGGUGAGAUUGUAUAGUGAUAAGACAUGUUCGGCCUUGGGACGUGAAAAUGCCGGACGCUAAUCAUUUUUUAGUUUUAGUUAUUAUUAUUGUUUCAUAGUUACCAGUGCUUGAUGUAUGUUCAACCCUUUUUCUAAAAUGAGUUUAAAUAGGAAAAAAUUUAGGGUCGAAGUCAAACGCAGCUUGGGACAGCUUUAAUCGUAUAAAAAGCACCAAACUCAAAAUACAUCGGCGAUUUUUUUUGCGAUUUUGUAAAGAAUCUUGACUUUUCUUACUCCUGAAGCAAUAGCUACUCUUAAUUACAUCCAAAUGUUUUGUAAUUUAAAUAUGGCUAUAUUUUAGCUUUACCAGUCACAAAGAUUCAAUUUGAUUGAUAUUAUAUUCUCUCUGGAUGCCAAUCAAACAAGGAUUUCAUCAGAAUGUCGGACGGAUAUGAAACGUAUGCAGAACAGCAUUCUAAUGCUGUUCCUUGGCAAAAUGGAUGAGUUUACUGGCAAAGUGAUAAGUGGUAAGUGUUUUAUGGUUUAUAUUGUUCUUGGCGCUUUUCUCAAGGCCAGGAGGUGCAGGUCUGAAGGAGAGGAGCCAACUUAGCUGAGUAAGCAAAAAUAAUAUCCCUUUUUGCUUCUAGUUAGUUUUUUAAUUUUACAUUUAUUUUAAACUGCAAUUUUUGAACUUUAAAGAUUCUUCUGUCAAUUACCUUGUUUUAGAUGUCUUUGUCUUUAAAAAUCAGAUUAAUAGUGGUUGUGUAGGUGUAUUUUGUCAAUGACAUUGAUUUAGCAGACGUUUCAAACUAAUUAAAAGUUGCUUUGCCUCAUAUGACGAUCAAAUUUUUUAAAAUUAACUUUUACAACAUUGUUAUCACUUUAUGUUUAUUUUGUUUUAAUUUUGCAUUCCUUGGUGGUUAUCUUUGCUUAAUAUUAUAAUGCACAAAACAUAAGCACGCUUAUAAGCAUUGUACCUAAGUUGUAGUUAAUAGUUUUGUAAAUUGAUAACCAAAACGAAUCAUAUCUGAUUAUGAUCUUUUUGUAUUAGGUUGUUAACAUAAUUCAUAGUUUAAAAUACAUUUUUUGAAUUGAAUGAACAAAGUUUGAUACCUUAUUAACAAAAAUGUUAAGUUUAGAUCCUUUUGUAAACUGAAAAAAGUAUUUAUGUUGAUCAGAACAACCAGAAAAGUAUUGACCAAGUAAAUGAAAGUUUAUUUUGAAACUAGCUUGUGGAUGACCUUUACAAGAUCAAACAAAGGACAAUCCUAAUCUAAUUACUUACACUUUUACAACAAAAAUGCUGUUUCAAACUUUGUAAAGUAAACAAUUGUACCUGGAAACGGACAAAAACAUAUAAUGAAAGUUUGAAUUUCGAUUUAAAAAUAAUAUUUUAGUUCUGGACAGCGGGGGAAAGCCAGGAGCUGGACUGACAAAGCUGAAUACCGUCUUCGAAGGUAUCAAAGAUGCUUGUCUCGAGAUUGAGCAUUACUUUCACGAUUCAGAACGACCGUUCAGGGGACAAUUUGUUAAGUAAGGUUUUAUUAUUGGCUAGAAAAAUAUAAUUAUCUUUCAAAAAAGUCUUAUCAGUUUUCAUAUUUUUGUAAGUUUUAAAAAUAUGUGGUAUUUUAUUGCUAAAAAUAGGUUUAAAAAGAGCUUUUUUUGCCAGUUUUGGAUUUUUUGGCCCAAGGUGAUCCAGAGAAUCUGAAGCAGAAUCUAAGAUUCAUUGUUUAAAUCACAGUACGAAAGGGCUCUACAAUGUGUUAGAGUACAGGGAGGAACUUUGAUUAGCACGUAGCUUAUUAUUAGUAUAAUGGAAUGGUUUUAGAGCCGAGUUGAGUUACUUGGACGCCAACAGGACGGGAAGAUGUGACAAUCGUCAGAUGAACUUCUUUUGGGACCUCUGUCUUCCGGAAUCUUGCACUCAUGCUGAUCUUAUGUUAAUGCUUGGUUCUAGUAAGUGUUCAGAGUAUCUAAUAUUUUCGAAUUUUUUUUUUCAAUUUUUGUUUUAAUUUUUUAAAUUACUUACUUAUUUAAAAACAUCAUUUGGCAUAAUCAUUGCAAAUCAAAAAAUUGAUUAUAUAAGUAGUAUAGAUGUUUUAAUUCUAAUUUACUGAUUCCAGAUACGACGAUCUUCAAAAAGACCUUCUACACUCAUCUGUGUGAUGUUCAUCUGUUGGCUGAGAAAGAACCUAACUGGAAUUAUCAGUCUUAUAUUACCUUGUAAGUGUGUUUGUAAUUCUACUUUUUUAUAUUAUGUUGUUCAGAUAAUCCUUUGUCCUUUCUUGAAAAAAUUUUUUGGUGUUAUGAGGCACAUAAUUAUUUGAACGAUCUAAUGUAAUAUUUCGCUUUGUGUUAAAAUAUGCUAAUAUAAAGUUUAGGGGAUACAUGGCACUACUGACUGGCCUUGUUGUGAUAGCUUCUUUAAUUGAUGUUGUAUUAUCAGAAGAUUCAAAGAAAAGUAAGAUUUAGGCUUCUUUACUCGAAUGAAAUGUAAAAUACGAUUUUUUUAAUUGCUCUGUAUCAAAACUCUUAAAUUAUUUAUAUUUCAGCUGGUGGAGCCUACUUCAUCUCCUCGUUCUCCAUCUUCAACAACAUCUCCGAGAUCAUGAAGGUGAAGAAGAACAAGGUCGGGCAGAUCAACCAGCUGCAUGGUAUUCGCUUCUUGAGUAUGUGUUGGAUCAUCAUGGGGCACUCGUUGAUGAUCUCCAGCUUCCUUAGUGCCAAUCUGCUCGAUGCUCUUCAGUCUACCAAGAAGUGGACUAUCAUGAUACCUGCUCUUUCGUAUUAUGCUGUGGAUACCUUCUUCUUUCAGUCCGGCUUCUUGCUUGGGUUUUUGUGGUUCAGAGGAUACGAUAAGAGCCCUAAGGCGGUGACUUCUGUCAGUUCGUGGAUUUUGUUUUAUGUUCACCGGUUCUUUAGGUAUGUUGAGGUACAUACAUGAGUAUGUUUAAAGGUGGUGUUGAUAUUUUUGUUGUUAUUAAGACAACCUUGUGAUUUUUUUUGUAUGACAUAUAUAUUGAGGUGAGCGAUAUCGAAAUUUUGUAGCUAUUGUAAUAUAUAAAGUACUGGUUUAUUGAUUUCAGGUUAUCACCAGCAUAUUAUAUUGUAAUAGCGUUCUACACCUUUGUAUUCUCUCAAUUAGAUGUUAUGGUGAAGUCGCCAAUGUUCCUGGGAUCUCCGUCUGAUAAACUGUCAUCAUGUCCAACAUUAUGGCAGUACAAUCUACUUUACAUCAACAACUUCAUGUUCGAUUCUAAUCCGGUAAGUUAUCUUAACUUCAAUCAAAUACAGUAAAAUAUAGUUGUUACUAUGGUAUUCUUUACAUCUUUGUUCUUUACUAUUUUGAGUGAAAUAGUAUACAUAGUCUUUAGUUUACUCAGUUACAUAUUAUACAUAGUAACUGAAGAUAGCAAUUAGCCUAAGACUACUUAAUAAUUUGUUAAUUACACACCUUCUACAAGGUUUUAAAUAGUUUUUACGUAGUAAUUUACGUAUGCAGUUACAAUUUAUAUUUCUAAAGGUAUAUGUCAUCACAUUAUGACAAUAGUUUGAUUUCACAUAGUAACAGCUAGUUAUGACUUCAAAUGUUGUGUUGACAUAUACUGUGAAGACAUAAAUAUUGACUAUGUUAUAGUAGAUAUUUUAUAAUAAUAUUGUUAUGAAAACGAUAUAACAGCACAAUAACUGACACGUUACAUAUUAAAUUACAUUACUGUGGGUUUGACGCAGUAUUUACUAUUUACAACAUGUAGCAUGUUGACAUGUGAAUGAACUUGGAAACCUAUUUUUGAAAUUGUAAUUACAUUGUAAAGUGACUUGACAUAAUCAAUUACAUUAAAAUGAAUUACUGUGAUUGAGUUGGAGUUAGAGAGAACUUGGUGUAAGAGAGAAAUACUGCAGUUGGUAUUCUAAGAAAGUAACAAAGUUAAUCAGGUUUACUGUAAUGUCAAAAUAUGUUAAGGGUAGUAAUUGCUGUUCUCUUGGACUUUCAUUUUUGUUUAAGUUUACUCUUUUUUUUGUUACAGUAUACUAAUAGCAUCAAAGCACUAACAACACAAACAUUAUAAAUUUGUUGAUUCUAUGUUUACAACUUACUUUUUAGUGCUAUAUAGUGUCAUGGUACUUGGCGACAGACAUGCAACUUUACAUUGCAGCUCCAUUGUUGAUAGUGCCAUUUUUACUGAGCAAACCGUUGGGUUAUUUUGUGUCAUCAGCUCUGCUUAUCGGUAGUACUGCCUUCACUUUUACUGUAACCUUCAUACACAAGCUAGCACCGUACAACUUUGACUUUGGUGCUACUGAUCCUGAGACUGAUUGGACGAGAGAGUAAGAUUUUAUACUUAGCUUUCUUCUACUUUACUGUACUACAACUUUACUUAUUAUGGUCUUAUGGUAGUUCAUUUCUUCAGCUUUACCUUAUCUUCUGAGUCUUUCUCUAUUUCUAGCUUUACUUUAUAGCUGUACCCUUGCUUUACACUAGCUAUUACAAAAUAUAUUGACCUUUUUUUCUAUUUUUAGUCAUUUUUGAUAGUGUUGUACUGUCAACGUGACUAUUGCAACAAGUUUAAAACAGGGUUUCGUUGUAAAGUGUUUAAAGUAGUAACUGUUAUACUACUCUAUACCUACAACUCUGCCUCUGCGUCAUAACUACAAUCAAUAAAGAAAGGUCUUCGUAUAAAAUCUUUAAAAAAAGUCUUGUCGUGAAUUUAAAUAUUUUUUUACUUUUAAAAACGACAAGAUUUUUCGUUUGAAGUUAAUUACGAAAUCAGAUAAAAUUAUAAAAUUUUAGUGACUUUGAGAAAUGGAUGUACAAUCCGCCAUGGACAAGAUGUCAGCCCUAUAUAGUCGGGUUUCUACUUGGCUAUGUCAUGCACAACCGACUGAAGGUGAAGCUAAACAAAGUACGUUUACAUUGUAAUAGUAGUAGUCAGGUUGAGUUGUUUCACGUGAAACGACAAAACUGACCGCACUGUUCUUCCCCAUGACAGCCGGUUUUUCUGGAAUCAACUUUUUAUUACUUUGUGUAUUCAAAUGGUUUAACUGAGUUAUAUAUUAUAGUAACAUCUCUCAAUUAUGAUAAGGCGGUUGAACGUUAUAUUCGCAUUUAUCUGUACUUUAUCACAGUUUACUUUGUGCUGUACAGUAUAUGCACAGUAUGUGUUAUAUAGUGCGUAAUAUCUUCAGAUCGUACUCCUGAUAGGAUGGAUUUUGGUAUUCGCUGCCAUCUUUGCUGUAUAUUACCCCAUCAAAGACUGGGUGGGUGGUGAACCGAUGGACUUGAUACCACGAUCACUAUAUGCAUCGCUAUCUCGCUUGGCAUGGUCAUAUAUCAUUGGCUGGGUCAUAUUCACAUGUUACUAUGGCUAUGGUGGACCAGUCAAUCGGUUCUUGAACUGGCCUGGUUGGGUACCGCUUGGAAGGUUAUCGUACUGUGCCUAUUUGAUACAUCUCUUCAUUGUGGUAUACUUUAUGUUGUUGUAUCAACACAAGCUGCUAUUUUUGGAUUUGGUACAAAUGGUGAGUUAUGUAGUUAUUUUAGCUUAUUAUAUUAUUCUAUAUAUUAGGUUGUCCGGAAAGCUCUGCAAUAUUUAUUCACUUUUGAACUAACAAUAAUAACAAUAUAA